AUGUCCACUUCCCAACAAACCAAACAGAAAGCCAUGGAAACAACUCUCCAGCGCCUCCAAAACGAGUUGAAAACCAUGAAGAACGACACAAAAGAUCUCCCCAGCGAGAUCAACGACCUGCGCAACAAGAACGCAGAUCUCGAGAGCAAAAUGGCUCUCGUCACCGCAACUGUCGCCUUCACCAACACUGUCAAUACUCUCACUGCCGAAAGCACCGCCACGAUCCGCAACGACGCAGAAGAAGGCAAGAAGACCAUCACGGAUAAGAUCAAGGAAUUCCAAUCCCUGUUGGAAACCUGCGUGGAGGAAACCGUGAGGGGGGAGAUGGUUUCAGACAUGAUUUCAUGUAUGGUCAUUGAUGAGAUGAAGACUGAGCAAAUGAAGGAGAUGCAGCAAGAAUACGCGAGGAAGGCUGUGACUGUUGCGGGGCCGGAAUGGAUCUACGAGAAGUUGGAGUGGAUGGUGGGGAAUGCGGUUGAGAAGGUUAUGAAGAGGAUUGACGAGCUCGAAAAGUAG